AUGAUAUCAUCGGGCAUGAAUAUUGCUCGCCUGAAUUUUAGCCAUGGAUCUCAUGAGUACCAUGCAACAACAAUAAAAAGCAUACGCGAAGCAGUGCGAAGUUUUCAUCAAAAGCCACUAAUUGGAAUUGCUCUGGACACUAAGGGACCUGAGAUUCGCACUGGACUUAUAAAUGGAGUAGGUUUAAAUUCUUUACAAAAUUAUGAGAGCAUUUGA